UCAAGCUGCGAUCUCCUCCUCGCUUGCAUUGCACAUCACUUGUAUUUUAUUUCAUUCGCUGUUGUCUUUUCUCAAUCAGAGCUUCUGCUCCAUUUUCUUCGUCAUAACCUGUCUUUACUGGCCUGUAAACAUCAUGGACAUGUCUGGAGUCUUUGAGAAGGUGGUCUCCAACAAGGGGACCAUAGACAUGAAAACUGAGUUUGUCCGCCCUGACAAAGUCAGUGGCUGUAAGUGGCACCUGGGUGCAGACGCUGCCAACUCCCCUCACUCGAAAGUGAAAGUUGAACCCCGUCCCAAGAUUCUUCCAAACAUUCUCUCUGCCGUUGGACAGACACCAUUGGUUCGGUUGAACAAUAUUCCUAAAUCAUUUGGAAUUCGCUGUGAAAUGCUUGUGAAGUGCGAGUUUUUAAGUCCUGGAGGUAGUGUCAAGGACCGCAUUGCCCUUCGAAUGAUCGAGGAUGCCGAAAAGCAAGGAAUCCUGAAGCCAGGUGAUGUCAUCAUUGAGCCUACAUCUGGAAACACAGGCAUUGGUCUGACAAUGGCUGCUGCUGUCAAGGGCUACCGAGUCAUCAUUGUAAUGCCAGAGAAAAUGUCCAAUGAGAAAGUAAACACACUGAGGGCGCUUGGAGCAGAGAUUCUCCGUACUCCUACAGCUGCUUCAUUUGACUCCCCUGAGGGCCUCAUUGCCGUAGCUCAGCGACUCCGUAAAGAGAUUCCCAAUUCUGUCAUCUUGGAUCAGUACCGAAACCCUGGAAAUCCACUGGCCCAUUAUGACACAACUGGCCAGGAAAUUGUCGAUGCUUGUGAGGGAAAGCUGGAUAUGGUUGUAAUGGGAGCUGGAACCGGUGGCACCAUCACUGGUGUGGCCAGGAAAGUCAAGGAACAAUGCCCCAAUGCUAAAAUCAUUGGUGUGGACCCUCUCGGCUCCAUCUUGGCUGAACCUGCAGAAUUAAACAAAACUGAUGUAUCUUUCUAUGAGGUGGAAGGGAUUGGCUAUGAUUUCAUCCCCACUGUCUGUGAUCGAUCUGUUGUUGAUUCUUGGAGGAAGUCUAAUGAUAAAGAAUCCCUCGUCAUGGCACGAAGGCUCAUCAGGGAGGAGGGUUUACUCUGCGGUGGAAGCAGUGGUGCUGUGAUGUCUGAGGCGGUUAAGGCUGCUGCCAACUUGAAGGAGGGUCAGCGCUGUGUUGUUCUUCUACCAGACAACAUUCGCAAUUACAUCACAAAAUUUGUGAGCGAUCAGUGGAUGGAGGCAAGAGAUUUCAAGGAGCCAGCUCCCAACAAUGUUUGGUGGUGGUCUGAAAAAGUUUCAUCUCUCAGACUUGAGGCCCCUCUAACAGUCAACCCAUCAAUUUCAUGCCAGGAAGUUGUGGACAUCAUGAAACGGGAAGGCUAUGAUCAGCUACCCGCUGUUGAUGACUUGGGAUGUGUACAAGGAAUGGUAACUAUGGCCAAUUUGAUGUCUCACAUGACAAAUGGCAAAGUGCAGGCAUCUGACCCUGUGGAGAAAGUAUUGUACCGUCAAAUGCGGAAGAUAACACUGGACACUCCCCUAAGCAGAGUUUCGAAGUUUUUAGAAAUUGACCACUUUCUCCUAGUUGUUCACACUCAAAAACAAUACAGCAGUGUUGAUUCUGCUCAAAGCAGGGAGUCCAUUGUGGGGAUUGUGACCCCAAUUGACCUGCUUUGCUACAUAACAUCCCGAGAGGGACAUGAAGGCACUGUUGACUCAGAGUGUUCAUCUGUCAGUCACUAGGCUGAUCUCAUGUGAUCUCAUGGCUGAUUUAAAUUUACAUUUUGUUUCCUUAUUAACCCAGUGAGUGGUAUUCAACUAACUGAUGAUGAAUGAAUUUGAAUCGUUGUCUUAUAUUUCUGCAACUGUGUUGUAAAAUUAUCAAUUUUUUGGAAACUGAUAUAUAUUUUUGUCUGAAUGCAAUCAAUUGUGUGAUUUCCAUUUUGUGAUUUCUUUAAUGUCAGUUUGAGAUGAUACUCAAUUAUUGUUUUUAAAUUAU